AAGGCGACGUUUUGAUCAGACGAUGAGUAUCCCAAUGGAGUUAAUGUCCAUCAGAAGCCCUAAUUCGACCUUGCUCUACAGAGUUCAUUCUCGUCCGCCGGUGACGCCACCACGUUCUCUCCUCCCUAGCCGACGGCGUUUCAAUGCUCCUCGAGCUGUUGUUUCGUGUACGGGGCUACGUUUCGGCUUUAGCUCGCCUUAUUGUCCAGAAGUCUUGCUUAAUCGAUCCGUCGUUGCGUUCGCUGCAUCCCACGAGGAUUUGGAAGAAUCAGGUGUUGAGGUGGGGAAGGAGAAGAGUGAUAUAGAUGUUGAAGAUGAUACAUCUAAGGAAGCAUGGAAACAAACUCUUGAGUCUUUUAAAGAGCAGGUAUCAAAGAUGCAGAGCGUGUCAUCGGAGGCAUACUCCGUUAACUCCCAGAAGGCGAUGACGGUCUUGAAAGAAACUUCUGAACAACUUAGGAUUCAAGCGGAAAAGGCGAAAGAAGAGUUGGGCACGAAAGCUAAAGUGGUUGGCGAAGAGGGUAGAGAAUAUAUUUUGAAAGCAGCAGAAGAAUCACCUUCAGAUGUGAAAGAGAUUGUUGAAGCAUUUGCCUCCACUGAGGAUCUGAAAGAUGUGUCCCGAGCGAAUGAUUUUCAUGUUGGAAUACCCUAUGGUCUACUCCUGCUUGUGGGUGGUUUUAUUAACUUUAUGGUAUCGGGAAGCAUUCCAGCCAUCAGGUUUGGAGUCAUUCUUGGUGGAGCUCUUUUUGCACUGAGCCUGGCAAGUCUAAAGUCUCAUAGGAAAGGAGAGUCAUCUACUAAGUUCUUAAAAGGACAGAUGGCUAUAGUGGCAAUCAUAUUUUUGAGAGAGUUGCGGUUGCUACUGUCUCAGAAAUCGACGUUCCUAGGUUUUUUUACCACUCUUACGAGUGGUGGUGUGUUGGCGUUUUACUUGUACAAGAUGGUAGGCAAGAGAGGAAAGGGUCAAAACUUAGAAGAUGGAGGAGAAGAUGAAUCAGGCGAUGGGGUUCUUGGAUCUGGCGGUGUUGGUGCUUUGUUGUUGGAGCUAGGGAUUCGAGGGACGAUGGAAAGUGAUUUGAUUAAAUUGUUCGAGGGAGCUAAGAAGGCAGCCGAUGCGGCGGCUCUCGACGGUGUUGCUUCCUCAGGUCCUGAGGUUUCUCAAUGUCUCGAUGCCCUUAAACAACUCAAGAAGUUUCCUGUCACAUACGAUACACUUGUUGCGACUCAGGUGGGAAAAAAGCUGAGGUCUCUUGCUAAACACCCUAUUGAGGAGAUCAAAAGCGUAGCUACUGAUUUGCUUGAGAUAUGGAAGAAAGUCGUCAUUGAAGAGACAGCCAAGGCUAAGAAAACCGAAGGCACUAACGGUUGUAAAGCUGAAACUGUCAAAGAGGCUAAGGUGAAUAAGAUGGAUGUUGAUAAGCCUUCAAAUCCCGCGCCUGUUAAAGUCCAGAAACUUCAGAGGGGUGAUUCGGCUAAGAGUAUCAAGGUUGAGAGAAAGGAACCAGACAAUAAAGGCGUUACUGGUGUCAAGAUAGAGAGAAAGGAACCAGACAACAAAGUCACUAAUGGAACCAAGAUAGAUUAUCGUGGUCAGGCUGUUAAGGAUGAAAAGGUCUCAAAGGACAACCAAUCAAGUAUGAAAGCUCCAGCUAAGGCACCUAAUGCUCCUCCAAAACUAACUGCAAUGCUCAAAUGCAAUGAUCCUGUGCGUGACAAAAUCCGUGAGUUGCUUGUAGAUGCGUUGUGCAGGGUUGCUGGAGAAGCUGAUGACUAUGAGAGAAAGUCAGUAAAUGCUAGUGAUCCACUCCGUGUUGCUGUCUCAGUGGAAUCACUGAUGUUUGAGAAAUUGGGUCGCUCAACUGGAGCUCAGAAGCUUAAGUACAGAUCUAUUAUGUUCAACCUGAGGGACGGUAACAACCCGGACUUAAGAAGGAGGGUUCUCACCGGGGAGAUUUCACCUGAGAAACUCAUCACGUUGUCGGCUGAAGAAAUGGCAAGCGACAAGAGGAAACAAGAGAACAACCAGAUCAAAGAGAAAGCUCUGUUUGAUUGCGAGCGUGGUCUUGCAGCAAAAGCAUCUACCGACCAGUUCAAGUGCGGGCGGUGUGGUCAGCGCAAAUGCACCUACUAUCAGAUGCAAACAAGAAGUGCUGAUGAGCCAAUGACGACUUAUGUUACAUGUGUUAACUGUGACAACCACUGGAAGUUCUGUUAAGGAGAUCUCUGUGUCUUUCUAUUUCAUGAGACCAUGUUAGGCUCUGAUUGAUUAAUCAGGAGCUUCAUGUCCAUUUGCCAUCAUUCCGUGAAUGUUCCGGCUCCGAUGUUUGUUUUA